GUCACUGUCAAGUGUCGAUACUGGCUAAUGUCACACUGUCAAAAAUACAUAAUAACAGUUUGCUGUGUUUAUUUUAUCACUUUACUUUCUAAGUUACGAUUAAAAUUUAAGCAAAAAUCUUUAUUUAUUUGUAAUGAUUUCUUUUCAAAUUUGAACCAUGAAUCCGUACAAGGAAACAGAGGAGUCAUCUUUCGAUACACCUCAUUUGUCUUAUGAGGAUAUAGCUACAAAACUGCUAAAAGACAACUUCUUCCUGACUGCCUUAGAACUCCACACUGAGCUUGUAGAGAGCGGCAAGGAACUUCCUCAACUUAGAGAAUUCUUCUCGAAUCCUGGAAAUUUUGAACAGCAUGUCUCUAGAGCAUCUGAAUUAAAUUCUAUACACCGCACUCCAAGUCAAGCAACUUUAGACUCUUUGGACACAGCAAGAUAUUCAGAAGAUGGUGGAGGUGACCGUGGUGGUAGUGGGGGUGACGUGGCUGUUCUAGAAUUUGAGCUGCGUAAGGCAAGGGAAACUAUUAAUUCCCUAAGGGCUAAUCUUACACAGUUUGCAGAUGGUUCAUCAACAUUAGAUAAAAGUUCCCAAAAAAUAUGUGACCAGAGAUCCUUAAAGCCACAUGAGAAGAGAGCACUCAAUUUCUUGAUUAAUGAAUAUCUACUUAUGCAAGAUUAUAAAUUAACUUCAAUUACAUUUUCUGAUGAGAAUCCUGAUCAGGAAUUCGAAGAUUGGGAUGAUGUAGGUUUGAAUAUGCCUCGACCCGCAGGAAUAGUCUCCCUAUUCCGAGGAGAGUCAGUAUUGAGUGUACCUAAAGUAGACUCAUCAACUGAAACAAAUUGGCAACAAAUAGAUGCUGGAUGCCAGACUGAACUUGAUGAAAGGAGUAUUUGUGUCAGUUGCCAGGACUCGAUUGAUCAUGAUAAUGAUUGGGCAGCUGAGCUUCUCAUUCAAGCUGAAGAGAUAGAAAUGCUGAAACAAAAGGCUAUGGCCUUAGAGAUGGAGAAGCAAAAUUUUCAAAAAUUGUAUGAUACUGCUAUUGUCAGUUUGAAUUCUCUUGCAAGUCCCGCCAUCGAGAGCAAAGCCCUUGAUUUAAACACAAAAGAUGAAAAAAUGAUUGAAGCCGAACAGGCUAUUGAUACUACACCAAUAACUUGUACGGCUUCAGAGAAUCAUUACGGGAGUGGAAAUUCUACACAUAGUGCAACACCAGAACAGUUCGAAAUGAUUGAGAGUGAAAAGAAUAGUACUAUCACCAGAAAAGAAGGCUCUACGCUAAGUUCCUUUGAACAUACUGUGUUGGGUGAAAAUUGUAACAGAGAUUCACCGUUGCGGCGCGGUAGUGUCACCACUUUAGACGAAGCCCUUAGCAUAAAUGAUGGAGGCGAGUGGACACGUGUUCAAUAUGAAUACAACAGCAUCGAAACUAGUAGUAAGGAAAUGUGGAUCGACAGUGGUCUACCAAAUAGUCUAAAAGUAUCAAUUCUAAACUGGUGCUGUGAGACGCUGAACCUGAACGAAUCAUUCUCGAACGAUCUUUUAGUAGAACUAAUAAACAAUGAUAAACCAAUAACACUGCCUGGGUUUCUAACGCUGGCUGCCGACACUAUGCCUAGGAUAAUCCCUCAUACUCUCGUGGCACGACGUUUCGAAGCUGCGGCAUUACUAGCAGCGAGCGUGGCUCUGCUCCCGACCGGAGAUCCAAGACGCGCUCGCACCUUACACUCAUUACUUACACUCGUGAAGAAGCCGGAGCCGUCCGACACGAGAUCCAUAUGUGAAGCGGCGUGUUACAUAGUGAAAUGGGGAGGCAGCGGGGAAGUGUUGUCCUCCGUAGCUGAAUUACUGGCAUCGAGAUCGGCCGAGCGACGGAUCCUCGCCAGCCAGAUCUGCGUCGCCAUAGCUCCGUACGUUCCGAUCGAGCUGUGCACGUCCCUACUGCUCAGUCUAGUGGUGCUGAUGUGCGAAUCGAACGAGAUCGAAAUCAGGAGUUUGGCCCUAAAAUCCGCGUGCCUAAUAUGUCCGGUUGCGGAACAUAAGUACGCGCAGCUCGAGAAUAUAAUGUUCGGUUUCCUGAAGGAUCCGAUCGAGAAGCACGUCAAAGAUACGGUCAGCAUUUUCGGGCCGAUACUGGCGAGAAGCGCUCUGAUGGCAGGAAAAUUCUGUACCGAUCUGUGUACACGUAUUAUGAGAAACGCUGCGAAAGAGAGCUCGGAUAAUGAAUGGAAAAACGCUGCUCUGUAUUUAGAUCUUAUGAAAUCUUUAGUAUUAGCGAAACUGGCAUACGUUAUAAACGUACAAAUAAUCAAAGAUGCCACCUCGUCUGACUGUGAUAUGGAGAAUAUAAUUUUACAAGAGGUACCUUUAGAGGAACAGGAGCAUUUCGUGGAUUUACAAUGCUUCGUAAGCGAUGUUGACGCUAAGACGCUGCUGGCUGCUGCGAACCGUCUGGUCAAAGAGAAACCGGACGUUAGAUGGCCGGAACUGAACUGGUUUAUUGAUUUCGUAAAACAAGUCCUAGACUUAGCGACAACUUCAAAAGUUUUAAGUCAUCAAACGAUGUAUGAAAAAUUCAUUUCAUUAUUUUCGAGUUAUGUGGAGAAUUUUGGUGUGAGCUUUACUACCCACAUCCUGAACCCGAUAUUCGUCGAUAUUAUAAUGGAUCUCGAGCAGAAAAUGGAGAAACUUCACACUGUAAAUGUCGAAAGCUCUGUGGUGGUCGGUAUUUAUUCAGUCACAGUGUUGCCAGCGAUUGGGAAUUAUUCACAACACGGAGAAUUUUUACAGAAAUGGGUAAUGUACUGUAGUCUUCGCAGUUUCCCGCCUAAAGUAUUAUCCAUUCCAAUGAAGUGGGUUUGCGAACAUCGGCCAGACACACUUGAUUUUUAUUUACAACACCUCAGAGAGUUUGCGGCCAGCAGUUGUGAGAGCGCAAGCGGCAGUUCAGUCCGCGUCUACAUCUCCAAUAUUAUCACAGAGUUGUUGAACACAACAGAAAUAAACGAGAAAUGUAUAGAACGACAAGUCCUGCCGGCUGUCGUAGCUCUCUUGCAUGACGAUGAUGUGUCGGUCCGCGAAGUGGCACUCACCUCAUGGGGCAGUAUGACUCGCACCUGUUUGAUCCGAGGGCUGGCGUGCGAAGCGCAGUGCUGGGCCGCGGCCGACGACCUGCUGUGCGGUACACACGUGCUCUCCACGAAGGAAGGGCUGCGAGCGGCCGAGGCACUAACUCUAUUGGUGUUGCCCACUGCCGAUAGCCACGCCGUCUCAGAGAAAGCGGUGUCGCUACUGUGCGCCCUGUGCGAGCGCGGCCCCGCAUGCGCCGAGCGCGUGGCAGCCCUGACGCCGGGCCUGCAGCUGGCGGUGCACCACUGCGGGCGCCACCCGGCCAUACUGCCCGCAUUAAGAAAAUUGGAGGAGGAGGUUCAGUCGCCCGCGCUGUCGCAGCACCGGGCGGCCGUGGAGAGCCUGGUGCAGACGGCGGCCGGCGCGCCCGCCGAGCCCGCGCGCGACCCCCCGCGCCCCGCCAACCUGCUCGCCGCGCAGGAGGUCGGCAGGAGGGUCACGCAGAUGUUCCACCAAUCCAAGACCAACAUCAAUUUACAGAAUAUAUUUAAAAAGAAACCGUAGCUGACGUCACGUGAACGAGAGCUUAAUACAUUCAGUGCCAUGUACGUCACCGGUGCCCUACGCGGCGCACUGAUGUAAUUACGUCGAUUUGUGUUACUAAGCGUGCCUGGAUUGCCUUCUUUUGUUCGAUAAUGUAUAUUUUAUGGUAUUUAUAUGUAUGUACUGGUGGUAGGACCUCGUGUGGUCCGCACGGGUAGAUACCACCACCCCGCCUAUUUCUGCCGUGAAGCAGUAAUGCGUUUCGGUUUAAAGGGUGGGGCAGCCGUUGUAACUAUACUGAGACCUUGGAACUUAUAUUUCAAGGUGGGUGGCGCAUUUGCGUUGUAGAUGUCUGUGGGCUCUGGUAACCACUUAACAACAGGUGGGCUGUGAGCGCGUCCGCUCAUCUAAGCAAAAUAUAUAUUUUAGUCUAUUAGGUCUCUUAGAAAUAAAUUCACUGUCAGUAUCUUCGGAUUAGUCUUUCCCAGAGUCUACUAGAUAUUCCGGCGCCUUAGUAAGAAGAACAAAGAGAGAAAUCGACAUAGUUACUUCAGUGCGCCGCGUAGGGCACCGGUGACCUACACGGCAGUCAAUGUGUUAAAUAUCGAAAUUGUGCUACAUGGUAUGUGGAUUUGUUGAUAAACAUUGAACGCGCUCUUUUGUCCAUAUAUGUAUGUACACCACAAAAAAAAAUAUGUUUGUGAAUAAUCAACUUACAUGAUUAAAAUCUAUUAAUUCAGCAGUCGGGGAACUUUUUUAAUUAUUUCUCCAAAAUAUUUUUGUGUAAGUUGAUAUUACCCCAACUAAGACAUUCCAAAAUUCAAAUUCAAAUGUAAUGUCAAAAACCGCAACCACAACAAUAAAAAAGGUUUUAUACCAAUUUGUUGGGUUUCCAACAUGAAGAACAAAAAAAAACGAAAUCGCUUCUUUUUAGUAUCUUUCAUAUUAUAUAUAGCCAGCCCCUAUGAUAAUUUUGAAAAGAAAACAAUAACUAAAAACUUUACGAUUCUAAAGAAGUUUCACUUCAAUAUAUACUUUUUACUCACAAAAGUUUCAUUUUUACCCCACAAAAUUUAAUUUUACCCGAUUUGGGGUAAUUUACCCCGGUUCCCCGACCGCCGUAUUAAUUUAACUACGUAAUGAUCGUUUAACAACUACGUUCUACGCGGUUGAACUUUCUUCAAUAUUCCGUACGGAAUGUUUUAGCAUUUAAAUUUACAAGGAACAGACAUCCUUAAAAAAAUAUGUAAAUUGUAAUUUAUGAUUAAGUAGUUACUAAAUAAUGCAUUCCUGAUAAGGUAGAUUUAUUAUUUAAAGCUCACUAUACAUGCUUCAGCUGAGCAUGUGUGUACAGUACAAAAGUAAAUAGUGCAAUAAAAAUUAUCUACAAACAUUUACUAAACGAAUCUCUGUUAUUUCUUAUUAUGUUAUUUGUAUGUUUAAAUAUAAUAAUAAUAAUUUACAUGUUAUGUAUUGCAUUAAUUGCAUAGUAAUAAUCCCUGUCACUGAAUCCUAAUAAUACUGAAGCUAUCCUCAAAAUAUUAUUUAAUUAUUAAUUGACCAAUGUGUUGUGUUAAAAUAAGCAUAUUAUAUUGUACUAGAUAAAAACCGGCUUUGCUUGUUUUUUUUUUUUUUUUAUAAAUUGUGUUUUUUCGAAUUUAUAUUUAAAUACGAAUUACAUAUUGAUAAAAUGAUGAAAUAUGAAUAAUAUUUUUUAAAUAUGAAUGGUUAUUUAAAGAAAAAAUCAAAAUUAUCGAUAAAGUUGAUUAUUGUAAACACGAAUAAAACAACAUUUACUGAAAAUAAAUCGUAGCUAGGUCGAUUUAUCGCCCCCUAAACUAAAUGAUCUAAAUUUUAUGAAAAUCGUUGGAGCUGUUUCCGAGAUUCACAUUAUAUAAAAUAUAUAUUCAAGAAUUGCUCGUUUAAAUAUAUAAGAUAAGAUAUUCUAUGUAUCGAGAGGUGAAAGGCUAUUGGGUUUAAGGGACAUUUAUCAUUGUAAUUAUAGGUGCGUUUUAUUUGGUAUCAGCAUCAACAGUUCGAUGUUUUUAAUUGAAUUUCAAUUAAGUUUACUCCAUUCAAAUAGCUGAAGAUUUUUUUGUUAUAAUAUUUUUGCCAAAUUUUAAACUUUAAAUGGCUCUCCUGUAAGUUUGCAAUAAUGUCGCUUAAGUCAAAUAGCCUUUCACUCGUCGAUAUGUAUAUAGAAUACUCAGAGAAAGAAAAGAAGAGAAAAGGCCUCGGUUUUUAUUGUGAUAAAUAAAACUGUGUUUAUAAAUAAAAUUUCACUAACAGUUAAGUGUUAAUUAAUAAUAUUUACAAAUAGAAUAUUAAAUAAAAAUACAAUAUAAAUAAAAUACAAUACUUCACUAUUUACAAUAGAUUUUACAAUAAGUGAUAUCGUUCAAAAAUUAUGCACAGUAAAUAGUUUCUUAUAGUAUUAUACUCUCAAUUAUGUAUGUAUAUUAAAAAAAAACUGCUAAAUUCAUAGAGCAAUAUUGAUCAAAGUUGCAAAUAUUAAUUAUAUACUAGGUAGGCAAGACGCACUUUCAUGCGUGUAUCAAUAAUCAAACUAUUCAGUUUCAUUCAAAUAUUUUCUCUUCAAACAUAUUGCGUCAUUUGAGAUUAAAAUUAAAAAGCAGACUUAAAAUGAACAAAAUCGAUGAUUUGAGAUCACGUACCUACUCUUAAAUACCAAAUCAUAACACAAAUUAAAAUUACGUAUUUACCAUAAAUAAUAGAGGUAGCAAAUGCAUUGUUAAUUUAAUACUCAAUCUCAGUAAAUAUCUCUUAUCUGAGAUCGCAGCAUUGUAUAUUACCAUACUUCAUAUAGAACAAUCUUCAGAUUCACAACAGAAUUAGCGAUUCACAAUUAGCAAUAUUUGAUGUAGAUGUAUAUAUAUAUUUUUUUAAUCUUUUUCGGUUCGCGAUCUUAACUACACAUCCAACGAGCUACUUUUUUAAUCAUGGCAAUAAAUAUAAAGUCAGUUACAUCUAAUCUGCGAUAAACUUCGUGAUUUAAGAAAAAAGCUACACAUCUGUAGUCAGAACUUUGAUGGCGUUACGACUAUUAAAAGUUAUUACAUUUUAUUAGGUGUUAGAUUAAUUUGUGCUUCCUAUAAUUGUGUUGUGUAUUUAUUAAUAAUUUUGCAUUGUAGUUCAAAUUUAAUAUAAAUAAUUUACAUAUAUAUUAAAAUUCAUUUAUAAAAUUUUAUUAUUGUGAUAUUCUAAUGAUUAAGUAAAUACUCGAUCCAUCAAUAAUAUAUAUAGUGAGAAAAAAAAACUAUAUUUUUUGGAAUUUUCACCACGCCGCGGCGGUGCGCUGGUUCUGUAUUUUUUGAUGGUUCCUGUGGGGGGAGUAUCGCCAAGAGGUGGACCAAAAGAGAGGCAGGCCGAUUAGUAGACGUACCAGCCAUUCCGUCGCUGGCUUCUUGUAGGCAGUAGAAUCCAAGGAACGUGACUGGUGGACGACGGGUAAUGGUGGCGAUCUGCCGGACAGCUUGACCGCACUCCUUAAAAUUAUUUGUGUUCACAAAACGGGUAUAACACUCGCACAACAACGAUGAAUGUCCGUAGGAGUUCUUAAAAGUAGAAUAACAAAACCCAAAAAAACAUAUAUUGAGAUGAAAAACACGCGGCGAGUUGUACAAUGCGCGCGGUGCGGUCGCCGAUAGUCUUCUUUUUUUUCGUUUUCUUUUUUUUAUUACUGGCCAUGCGAUAGGUUUUAUGUCUAAUCUCGUCAACAAAAAAGAACCAAUGUCAAAAAGAUACUAAUUGUGAUCUUAUUUUUUAUUGAUUUCCAAUAUAAUCGCUUACUUUUAUUGUUUUUGGUUUAACUGUCAGAAUUGAAAAUCUAUAUUAAAAGCAUAUUUUUAUAAGUUACGUUAUUCGGCCAAACGCAAGUAGUUGUGUAUGACGUCAUUUGGGGUCAAAAUACACUAUGAAUUAAAGCUGUAACAUUAUAACGAUUACACAAAUGUGGCAUCGUGCUUUAAGAUUGGUGUUUAGCUUCACGUCAAUAACAGUACCUAAUAAAAAAUUUAUUUUUAUUUAAUUAGCAUUAUUCAUAAAUUGUUGUGUUGUUGGUACCUAUCUAGCCGCCUAUAUUAUCUAUACUAUUUAUUAUUAUUAUUAUUAUUAUACACAAGGGGGUCGCGGGUUCGAAUCCCGCCAAGGGAAGAUAUUUGUAUGAUAAAUUUUAAUAUAAAUGUCUUUUCCAGGGUUAUGGAUGUAUAUUAAAUAUAUGUAUGUGUAUAAUAAAAAUCUUACAUUUAUUUCCGUUAUCUGGUACCUGUAACACAAGUUCUUUACGAACUUAUCAUGGGACUAGUUAACGUGGCGUGAUUGUUAGUAAAUAUUUAUUUAUUAUUUAUUGUUUAUUUAUUAUAUCAUUGUGGCUUAAAUUACUAAUAAAUAAUGUCAUUAAAACUAUCUCUGAUAAUUACUGUUAUACUGAAUUUAUAUUUUAAUUUCGAAUCAUAAUAGCAAUGUACUUAAAAAUCGUAAUCGUAUAUCGGUGCCACAGGAUUAUGUUGUCAGUGUAAGAAAUACAAUGUUUUUUUUUAUUAUAUUAAAA